AUGAAUGUCAAGCGCGCCGAAUUCCUCCUGGGAAGUGGAAAUUAUUUCCACUGGGAGUUUAAUAUGAGGAUGACGCUCGCCAGGAAAGGGCUGCUGGUGCAUGUGGAGGUGGUCACAGAGCGACAUAAUAAAGCUUGGCUAGUGAACGACGCGAAGGCUCUCGGCAUCAUCGCGCAGGGUGUGGAGCUACAACACCAAACAAAGAAAAGUUCAUCUACGCAUGGAUACUGGAACGGCCAUGGCAAAGAAUUUGACGCCUUCGACGAGCUUGUUGUCGGUCUUCAGACGCUUGAUGAGGCUGUAGACGAGGAACGGCAGCUGGUAGUAAUACUGAGCAGCCUUCCAGCCGAAUACGAGCUGAUAUCAUCUAUCAUCGAAAACAUCCAGAACGUCAUGCUCAUCGAGGUGAAAGAGAAGCUGUUGAAGGAGUGUGAACGGUUGGAGAGAAAGGACACGACUCCAGAACGAGCGUUCAAGGUUAACACUGGACGAUUCAAGGGCAACAAGGGGAACGAUCGCAAGUGGAGCGGUCAGAAGAAAAAUGCUAAUGGUUUCCGAGGCAAGUGUUUCAAGUGCAACAAAGUUGGGCACAUGAAGCGGGACUGCCAAGAACGGACAAUAGAUGGCGAUGACGAUGCGGUAUUUGCUGUAAGCACAGAACGUGUAAACGGAUGGUUGAUCGACAGCGGUGCGACCGCACACAUGAUCCCGCACCGUUCUGUUUCGAUUCUUCACAUCCCGGGCUUUGAUCGGCGUCUAUUCGCAAUUGCAAAGGGUAAGAAGGUGGGCAAGGCGUACAUAUUUAAAUGUGAACAAGAAGGAGCUCGAUUCAUUCAGUACGCCGAGGCUGGCAGCAAGUGGGAGCUUUGGCACGCUCGCAUGGGACAUCUCAACCAAGACGCUCUGAUUAAGACACGUCAUGCCACAAACGGUAUUCCGGCUAUUGAUCAACCGACCCUGUCUUUAUGUGGCGGUUGCAUGAAAGGAAAGCAGACGGUGGCUACAUUUCCUCAUUGUUCGAGCUCGAAAACGUCGCGCGUUCUUGAGCUCGUCCACACGGAUGUGAUGGGGCCCAUGACGAAUCCAUCCAAAGGCGGUGCAAAUUAUGUCCUAACGUUUGUGGACGACUACGCGCGCUACGUUGUGACCUAUUUCUUGAAGAAGAAGAGCGAGGUGGCCAUCAAGCUAAGCGAGUUCAAGACGUUCCAUGAGAAACAAUGGGGAGAACGUACCAAGUGUUUACGAUCGGAUAAUGGAACGGAGUUUGUGAACCAAGAGAUGACGAAGAUAUGUAUGCUGAAUGGUAUCGUGCAUCAACGGACUGUCCUGUAUAGUCUUCAGCAGAAUGGAGUGGCAGAACGGAUGAACCUCAAUACUGCGGUAUAUCUGAUCAACCGUUUCACGAACACGCAAAACGCAACUGUGGUUUUUAAAGUAAAGCCUACAUUAGACUACUUAUGCGUAUUUAAUUUUCGCGGCUACGCCCAAAACUUCAAGGGUUACCGUGUCUAUGACUUGGACGCUUUCAAUAUCAAAGUGUGUCGCUCAGUAAAGCUGGACAAGCGUGAGGUGGGUGGUAUUUACGAUACACUACCGCCUCAGAAUGAACCAGUCACCCAAGUUACCACGGACGUUGAUGAAGCAGUCACGCUCGCACCAUUGGAACGUCAACCCGUCGAAGCGAAACCAAUGCAAGGCGUUGAAAAUGACGCACUACGACCUCGUGAGCCCGUGUUCCUUCUUGAAGAUGGGACAGACGCCGAGGAAGAACGGAAAUCGGAAGGAAAUGGUGGACCGUCCUCUCCAAAGCGUGUCAGGAUCGAUGAAGAUGGCCCCAUUGCUGAAGCUGUUCUUGCGUACGCGGCAAGCAUUGACGAUCUUUCUACAACGUACGCUCAGGCAAUCGACAGUAAAGAUGCUACGCAGUGUCGUGAAGCCAUGGAGGCUGAACGGCUCUCACAUAAACGGAACAAUACCUAG